AUGUCAGCAGCUAGAAGACCCGCGCCACGUGGAGGCCGCAAAGGACGCCAAGAGCUAACUGAAGAACAAAAACAAGAAAUAAAAGAAGCUUUUGACCUUUUCGAUACAGAUGGAUCUGGAAGCAUUGACUCCAAAGAACUUAAAGUUGCAAUGAGAGCCUUAGGAUUUGAGCCUAAAAAAGAAGAAGUCAGACGAAUGAUUGCAGAAGUCGACAAAGACGGCUCAGGGACUAUUGAAUUCCCUGAAUUCCUUGACAUGAUGGCUGCGAAAAUGGCUGAGAGGGAUCCAAAAGAAGAAAUUCUUAAGGCGUUUGGUCAAGUAGGAAUGGGACUCGGAUGUCUCUAUUAUCCCCUAAGCCCUGCUUUUAAAAAUAUAGCUUAUCAUAAUUAAUGUUUAAUUGCAUUAGAGUUUUUAAGAGUUAUGAGUAAAUUUUUAAUUAUUUUCUUGAAUAUCUGAUAUUAUUUCCCUAAACUAACUAUAAUACAUUUAGCUUGCUAAACUUUAUUUUAUAAUAAUAUAUAUUAAACUUGUUUAUUAAAAAUAUGAUACUUUAUUUUUAUAAUAAUGGGGUGGGAUUCUAUUUGUGCAAUAGAGAGAUUGGGCUAGGAUGGAGGGGUCCCCAAGCCCUGUUCCUCCUUAGCCAGGCGUUCAGACUUUUUGACGAUGAUGGAAGCGGAACCAUCACUUUCAACAAACUCAAGCGUGUAGCAAGAGAACUUGGUGAAAAUAUGACAGAUGAAGAACUUAUGGAAAUGAUUGAAGAAGCUGAUAGAGAUGGAGAUGGCGCAGUAAACCAAGAAGACUUUUUAAGAAUCAUGAAAAAGACUAAUUUAUUCUAA